AGAUUAGCAAGGGACAGCAGGGCGUUUGACAGCCGAUAGAGCUGGAGAAAAACUGUGAAAAUAACAAGUGGAAUCCGCUGUGCCGAGCUCUGCUGCUGGAGGAAAAAUAGAAGAAACACGGCAGAGCGGAGGGAGACUCCACAUCUGUUUGGAAGCUCCAAAUGAGUGUACCUGCAGCGACAGCACAAAAAUCAGACGGCAACAACAACAACAGUGAGAUGCAAUCAGCUGCAGUGGCUCCCUCCUUCAUCCCCAGCCAGGCGGGGAAGAUACCAGGCAGGAAGAGAGGGAGACCCCCGCUCCGCAAUGUCGCCAAGAUGGAUUUUCCAAACCGCUACCCUGAGUCGCUCCCUCCGCUCAAAGUGCCAAAGAAGAGGGGGAGAAAGCCGGGCUUCAAGCUCAAGCCAAGGAUGGUGAUGACUCCGUUGGCUAUAUCUCCGCCUAGCAGCACCCCAGAGCCCGAUAUGAGCUCCAUUCCUCAGGAUGCAGCCACCAUCCCCCACUCUGCCACACCCCAGGUGCUCACAGUCUGUAUCUACAUCAACAAGCAGGCCAACACAGGCCCCAACCUGGACAGGAAGAAGAUCCAGCAGCUCCCCGAUCACUUCGGACCCGACCGACCCUCUGUAGUGCUCCAGCAAGCUGUCCAAGGCUGCAUCGACAGCGCCUUCCAGCAGAAAACCGUCUUCACCCUCCUCACGCAAGGCUACGGGGGAGAAAAGAUAUCAGGUGUUGUACAAAGACCUCCCUCAGCCACGUUUGACGGGAAGCAGCACCUUCUCAGCCUCCCUGUGGUGAACAGCAUCGACUAUGUGCUGCGUUUUCUGAAGAAGCUCUGUCGCAGCUUGCACUGUGAAAACCUCUUCAGUGAUCAGCCCAUUACCCAGCACAGCGGUGGCUCCUACCAGUCAGAUGCAGAAACAGAAGAGUACCAGCUAGAUCAGUCUGAUGGUAAACGCUACUCCGUGGACCCUGGUGAUUCUGCUUUCAGCUCCAUCGGCGUGUCAUCUUAUUCGCCAAAGUCCUCUUAUGGGUUUCGUUCACAGCAGCAGCAGCAGUUCUCAAACGGCUCAGCCACCAUGAGCAUGUGCCGGCAGCCAUCCAACAGCCCAAACACAUUUCCAGAGAGCAACCGGACAGGAGGUUAUAAUGCAUCUUCAGAGUCCCAGGAUACCAAGCCACCGCCCAAUAAAGACCCCUCCACCUGGUCCGUGGAAGAUGUCGUCUGGUUCAUCCGGGAUGCAGACCCCCAUGCCCUCGGCCCUCAUGCAGACAUCUUUAGGAAACACGAGAUUGAUGGAAACGCCUUGUUACUCCUAAAGAGCGACAUGAUCAUGAAGUACCUCGGACUGAAGCUGGGGCCGGCGUUGAAGCUUUGCUACCAUAUCGACAAACUAAAGCAGACAAAGUUCUGAAAAGCUACAAAAUAUUUUCCUUCUUCUAUCUAACGGUACUUUCCGAAAGGGUCAGAUCUGGACUCCAUGUCUGUGAGCCAAUGCAAAGGGAGGGAGCAUGAAGUGCAUAUCAGUGGAGAGUCAUGCCACCAUCUUUAGCUGCAAAAGUUCAGAAGAAUGCAACACAUCUUUGGGUUAACUUAAUUGAUUUUUGCACAAAACCUGAGAAUAACAGUACUGUAACCUUCAGUGUAAGAGUAGAUUCAACAAAGCUAGACACUUUAAGGUAAUUUUGCAUGUUAUUUCUUUUAUAGAUGGCACAGAAUGACCAUUUGCCUGUUUUUCAUCUAACGUUUAAAACGCCAACCUGACUAAAAUCACUGGGCCUCAUUCACCAUCUGUUCUUAAAAAAAAUGCUCUUCAAACCCAUCUACACAGAUUUUAAGAAGAUACUAACAUUCACCAAACCGUUCUUCUUUGUGAUUUGUUCUCAGCUAAAAACAAAGUCUGAGAGCAUUAUCGAGUGGUUUUCAAAGUGGGAGUUAAGAGACACUGAAGGCAGGUUGUGGGAUACUUUCCUAAAAAAAAUGACAAAUUUGAAUGAUGUAAAGUAGUAUAUUUUAUUCAUUAUUGUAAAAAAAAAAAAAUCUUUACCCCAAAAGUGAUAGUGAGAUUUGCGCUUCAAUGUAAGUAGUAUGCACAAAAACUCCCUAAAAUCUAAGUUUGUACAUGAUGCUUUGAACAACAUUGUACACUUUAACCACCUCCAGGGAUGGUGGGGGUCUCUGGCCUAGUUAUUUUGGGGUCACAGGCUGAAAAGUUUUGUAACCCCUGCUAUAGAGCACUCCCACCUACAUUUCUGUACUGAUGUGACAAGAUAAAAUGAUUAAUUUCGCACUUACUAGUACUUAAAUAUGCUAAUUUAAGAAAAACAAUGAGGUAAUUUUUCAUUUUUAUGUUUAUAGCAUUUUACAUUAUUAAGCACUGUGCAGAAAUGCAUCACAUGAAGAAGGUUAACAUUGAAUUUACUAGGCGCGCCGGUAGUCGAGUGGUUAAGGCGCAUGCCAUAUACGCAGGCGACCCAAGUUCAAAUCCGGCCCGUGGCACUAUUUCCUGCAUGUCUCUCCCCGCUCUCUCCCCUGUUUCCAACUCUAUCCACUGUCCUAUCAAAAAAAGGCCAAAAAUAAAUCUUAAAAAAAAAAAAAAAACAUUGAAUUAACUAAGCAAAGUCUGAUCUUUACUGCAAAAUGUUAAAUUAUGUGUAGAAAUUUGGCACAUUAAUCGGGAUCUUUCUUUAAAUACUUAUUUAAAACAAUAAAACCCUACCUUCACACAAGGGUAUUUUGAUGUUUGUAAACAAAGUGCCAACAUUUAACAGCAUCAGUUUUUUUCUGAAUAAAUGUAGCAUGUAGCUUUCUAUCAAAUGGCUACCCCAACAUCAUUUCAAGCAGCCUUACAUCCAUUUGAGAACUCUCCAAGAACUUGGAGUCCAGUGUAUUACGAUGGACAUUAAUUACAUCUUGUAACUUCUACUUUUACUCCUGUGUGCUUUCUGUGUUUGCACACAGCCCUGCAGUCUCAUGCCCUUAUGAGGGAAAAUGGGUGUGUCUCUGUCUUAAUCAGGAAAAACAUGCACAAGCUUGUAGCUUACAAGGACAUGGCAUUCAUGAAUUCAAGAAUACAGAUGCCAACAAUUCAGCUGUUUAAGCUCACUUAUGUCAGAACAGAUACAGAUGGAGCUCUCUGUCCAUUCUCUGCAUUCACUGCAUUUGUAUUUCGUCUUUUGCAAUAUCACCAAAGCAGCCAACAGUUUAAGCCGAGACAGCAAAAUAUGACAAAGAAGAAGCACAACUUUACUGAAACUUUCUGAGAAAAUAUUGCUGAAUAUUGUUUGAAACUGUAAACAUAUACAGUAUAUGAUGAGAGAUCACCUGGGCACAGAGACAGAGGACAGAUAAAGCAAUAACAAAGGAGUUGUAGAGGUCUGUGCGUGACAGCGACCUCUAGUGACCUGACUUUAUAAUUUCCACCCCAACGUAACAGACGCUCAGAAGUAUAUUGGCAGUGACAGUCGUACUGUUUCAAACAUACAGAUCUAUUUUCAUUUGUGAAGAGAGCAUAAAUGAGGGUUAAGAACAUGCCAUGAUGUGUCUCUUUGAAGAACAAAUUUAAGAAAAAUCUUAAGAAACUGGUGAAUGAGACCAAGUAAUUACAGCUCAUCAUCUUAUGAUGUUCAAAUGGCUUAUAGUCUUUUUAGUUUUGAAACUUAGUUUUGAAUCCAUUUAGAGCUACAUUUGAAUCCUAUUAAUGAAUGUAACUUUGAUAUUUACCCUCUUUGAGCUCAGUUUUUGGUCUCAACCAGCUCCUGAGGGGAAUAUCAGACUCUUUAGGUGCUAAAUCCUCCACAUAAUUCACCAGCUAGUGCUUGUUAUGUCUGUCGUAGCGGAUAGUGUGGAUAGUUAUCAAGACACCAGACUUUUAAACUUGAAUAUUUCUCGUAAAAAUCAUGAUUCUAAAACCUGUUUCAAUACCAUGCCAACAAAAAUCAGAGUCCUAGGCAGCAAUAUUGGGUGACUUGAAAACUCUUGCACACUGUCUAAAUUAUACAAAUAUGUUUGGAAAAUGGUGAUACUGAAAUGUUGGGACCCCAUAUUAGUGCAACUUAGACAGUGCAAAGAAGUUUGCUUACAUCUUUUGGUGGAUUCAGUCCUCUCCUAAGCACCUGUCCUAUGGAAUAGAUGUUUUUUGAGAGCUACGUUACUUGCAUCCAAACAGUAUGCAUCAGAUAGCUAAACCUUGGUCGGAAAUUUGCUUUAAGGCUACAUAAAGCUGAGGAGAGCUGCCGAGGUGUGUGAUAGCUCCUUACAUAUGAAAAUCACAACAAUAACAAAAGCAGCUUUAGCCACUUUGGCACAGGGACUCUGAAUGUUCAAAUCAAGGGCUUGAGAAAAAAAGACACUUAAAUGAAGUCUGCCACCUUAGAAAUGAAAUGAAACCAAACUCUCUUCGCUCUCUUCCCUUUGGCUCACAGACCUCGUGUCUGCUGUUUGACCCUCUUGGUACACUUUUCUGAAGAUUUUCAUGAUGUCAUGUAGUGAUAACAAAUUCAUCUCUUUUUCUCUCUGCUCUCACACUUGCUCUACUUUUUGGCACAGAUUUUAAACUAAAAACCAUCAGCUUGUACCUGAAAGCAUCCUUUUCACACAUGAAAACAUCAUAUUUGAAGAAAAAGGCCAGUGUAAGGAGGGUUUUAGUCUCACAGACCUUUGUGAGCAGCACAUUUCUCUGCUGCAUGCAGAUCUCAUUCUAUUACAGUAUAUUCAUCGUUUGACCAGAAAUGUAUAACAAAAAAAACUUUAUACCUUAAGAAAGUCUCACUUUGUCCAAAUUCCUUGUUUACUUGUGUUUACCAAACUGAAAACAUAUCUAUACCUGUACUGAAAUAUGGUGCAUUAACUUUAACGGCAUUGCUUUUUGAUUGAGAAAGUUAGGAAUCAUUUUGAUACUAUUUUUUCACAUUACUGUGUAACAAAAAGUAAUGUUCCCAUUGGAUUUUUCUUUUUUUUUAAUUAUAAUUUUAAUAUAAAAAACAAUAUAACCUACAAAGCAUAGCCUACAUAGACAGACAGUAGCUCUCUUCUUACUAUAUAUGAAGAAAACGAGAGAAUUGUGAACCUUAAUGAUAUAUUUAUGUUACAAUAUGCAAGAUUGUUAAAUGCCACUUAUCUCCAGAGGCUUUUCUGUGUACUCAUACAAAAACGUCUUUUUGAAAUUAGUGUUUUUAUGCUUUUAUCAGUGUUAAAACAGAAACGGUCAAACACCAAACACAUAAAUGUUACACUGAGAAAACCCAAACCGUUAUGUAAAUGGGUAUAUAAUAAUAUAAAAUUGCUUUUGUAUACCACUUUAGGUGUACAGUAUGCAUCCUUUUUUAAUCAAUUAACCUUUGUAAGUGAAUGCUGCUGUAAAGAUAUUACAUGUAAGCCAUGCCUAGUGAGAUCAAGCUAAGGUGUUUUAUUUUGAAAAUCACUAUGAAUAAGAGUUUUAGAGGAAACUGAGCGGAUCAGUGCUCUACGCUGGUGCUAAAGUUAACUAUGUAUUAAACUGUUUGCCUUUGUGUUUGUGAGAUGUAAAGGAUAUGUGUAUACUGUACUGUAUGUGAGCAUUAAAUUAAGAAAUCAAGCAA